AAAAAAAAAAAAAGAGAAGCAGUAGCUGGGAUGAGCAGUUUUCUUUUUCUGGUUCAUUUUGCCUGAAACUCCAACCAAUUCUCGCUCGCACACAAACUGUAAUAUCUUAAUCGUAUGCUAUUGGAGCUCCGGCUCCCUGAACGGAGCCCCAGCUCGCCGUGAAUUUUCCUCAUUCUCGCUUCCGUCAUUAGAUCUUCUCAUUUCUGGUUUCUUUCCGUUUUAGAUCGAGUUGAAAAGAGGAAAUUUUGUCAUGUCGAAACCCUGGGGAGGCAUCGGCGCGUGGGCGGCCGAGGCCGAGCGGGAGGAGGCGGAGGAGAAAGAGGCUGCUGCGGCUGCAGGGAUUGGGUCCAACGCUGAUUCGCAGAGUUUCCCGAGCUUGAAGGAGGCUGUUAAGGAGAAAUCGAAGAAGAAGAAAAUGUCUCUCUCGGAGUUUAACAUGGGUGCGUAUUCUUCGCCGGCUGGUGGAAUUGGUGGUGCUAGAGGGGCGGAAUAUAAUAGAUUGACUCCGGAGGAGAUGAUGAGUCUUCCGACCAGGCCAAAGGAACGUUCUGCUGAGGAAAUGCAGUAUGGUAGGUUAGGAGGCGGGUUUCCGUCGUAUGGGCGAUCGGGUCCGCCUCCAGGUCGUGCUAUGCGUGACCGGGAAGAGAGUGAUGGGUCUUGGGGCACUGGCAGAAGACAAUAUGGUGGUUUUGAUGAGGAGCGCCGGGGUCCGCCCCCUAGAGCGUCGGAAUACGAUCAGCCUUCAAGGGCUGAUGAAGUGGAUAACUGGGCAAUGGGUAAAAAAUCGGCUCCUGCGUUUGAUUCUGGGCGCCAAAAUCGGUAUGGUGGACUUGGGACAGGAGGUGGUGUGUCUAGAGCCGAUGAGGUUGAUAAUUGGUUGGCAGUGAAAAAGCCAAUUGCUGCUAGAUCUUCGUCUUUUGGUUCGGGUUUUCGUGGUUCUGCUCCGGAGCCAGACCGAUGGAGCAGAGGGGGUGGUGGGUUCCGGGAAGAAAGGUCUAGAUUGGCCUUGGAUCCACCGAGUGGUGAAGUGAACGAGCAGGUAGUGAGGACAAACAAACCGAAUCCAUUUGGUGCGGCCAGGCCCAGGGAGGAAGUGUUGGCGGAGAAGGGCUUGGAUUGGAAGCAAGUGGACUCGGAGAUUGAGGCGAAGAAGGCAAAUGAGAGGCCGACUAGCUCACAGUCAAGUAGGCCGUCAAGCGCGCACUCUAGCAGGUCAGAGACACAGCAGCCCGUCAUAGAGAAUGUGGUGAGGACAAGACCAAAGGUGAAUCCUUUUGGAGAUGCUAAGCCUAGGGAGGUGUUGCUGCAAGAACGAGGUCAGGAUUGGCGCAAAAUUGAUCUUGAAUUGGAGCAUCGCAGGGUUGACAGGCCUGAACAAGAUGAGGAAAGGAUAUUGAAAGAGGAAAUAGAUAAUUUAAGGAAGGAACUUGAGAAAGGAUCUGCUGGAGACCAAUCAAGUUUACAUGAUAGACUACUUCAAAAACAAAAGGAUUUGGAAAUGCUGAUACGAGAUUUUGAUGAUAAACUUAAAUUUGGACAGAAAGUUGAAAGGCCUGGUUCUGGAGCUGGCAGGAUUGGAGGCUUUCCUGAUAGACCACCUUCUCAGGCUGGGUCAAGUGAUGGGUCUAGAAUUGUGGAUUACGCUAAUAGGCCUAGAUCACGCGGCACUGGUGAUGCUUGGACAAGGUCUGGUGAUGACAGGAGACCAUUUCAAGGUGGCAGGGAAAGAGGAUUUCUUAACAGGGAUAUGGACAGGUCAAGAUCAAGGGAGAGAUGGUGAACAACAUGGGGCAUUGAAUUUAUUGAGUUCUUCUCCCACAUUUGACUACGAGAACUAAUAAUGUUUUGUCUUCUAACUUUAUAAUCAUUCUCUCAUUCUUGCUCUUGGAUUUGGACUUUUGGAGCAAAGGGUAUUCAGUAUCGGAAUUCAGAACUCUGCAUUAGUCUGUUGUUAAAUCUUCAAACCGUGUAAAAUUUCAAUUUCAUUUUGCUCUUUUAUUAUUGUUGUUAUUAUUUUUUUCCCUUAUGUUUUGAAACAAGGAGCCUGUGUUGUUCUUUGUACUCAUUUUUAUUGUACAAUGUAAAAUUUCAUUUUCACUUUGCUUUUGUCUUAUUUUCCCCCCUUAAGUUGUCAAUUU